ACUCACUGGUUUAGGGUUUCUUUAUUCCCAACACACUGUCCUGUUUUAUCAGCUCAUUAUUAAGCAUUUCAUGAAUUGUGUACUUUUGUAAAUUGGGAUCAGGGAAAGCUUGAAAAUGUCAAAGAUCUUUGGGUGCCCAGGACUUGAGUAGAGAAACCCAAGUCCUAUGUGUUCUUUAUGGAAGUCCUUAGGAACAAUUCAUGCCCGCAAAGUGCCUGUUAUUAUAGUUAAUUUCUUGUUAAUUAAAGAUGGUGCCUGUGGAUUUAAAGUCAGAACACUUUCAGUAAUGUGUGGCUGUCAGUGAAACAUCACUACAGAGGAAAAACUACAGUCCCUGUGACAGAUCAGGCUCUGUAAGCAAGAUAAUAAACAAAUGAUGUGAAUCACCGCCAACCAGAGAAAGUAAAAUGGCUUUGUGCAGUGUUGGCCGUCCUUUACUCCAGAACACACAACGUGCUUUGGGAUGUUUUUUUAAGCACAAGCAGACAUUUUGCUGUAAAGCCAAUGUCGCCCAAGAGGAGGAGAUUCGGUUGAAGCUGCGGUUGUUUCCGGGAGGAUCCAUAGAUCUUCAGAAACAAGAGUCAGGCAUUGCAUUGAUGACGGUCAAUAAUCCAUCACGAAUGAAUGCCUUCUCAGGCAGCAUGAUGAUUGAACUGGAAGAACGGGUGUGUGAGCUAGAGAGCUGGACAGAAGGAAAAGGUCUCAUUGUGCAAGGGGCUGCUGGAACAUUCUGCUCUGGAUCCGAUCUGAAUGCAGUCAGAGCAAUAUCAAACCCACAGGAUGGCAUGAAGAUGUGUAUGUUCAUGCAGAACACACUUACACGACUCCUCAGGUUGCCCCUUAUCUCUGUGGCUCUGGUUGAAGGAAAAGCACUGGGUGGAGGUGCAGAACUUGCUACUGCCUGUGACUUCAGGCUGAUGACAUCUGAUGCCGUGAUCCAGUUUGUCCAUAAACACAUGGGCUUGGUGCCUGGAUGGGGUGGAGCUGCGAGGCUGGUCAGAAUCGUUGGCAGCCAGAAUGCCUUAAAAUUGCUCGCUGGUGCGAAGAAAGUUGAUCCAGACUUUGGACAGCAGAUUGGAUUAGUUGAUGGUGUGUUGACUGUCGGUGAAGGAAACUCUCUGGUGGAAACAGAGCGAUGGCUGAGCCAGUUUACAAAGGGCUCAGCUCCUGUAAUCGGGGCUGUGAAGAAGGUGGUGUUAUCUGGCAGAGAGCUCUCUCUGGAUGAAGCUCUCACAACUGAAAGACAUGUUUUUGGGACCGUUUGGGGAGGACCAGCCAAUCUCGAGGCUCUGGCACUUAAAACAAAACACAAGUGAGAGAAAUGUGGUUAGGAAAAUCGACAUCUUGAACAUAAACACUAAAGUCUGCACCUUUGGGAAAGAAAAGAACCAGUGACUUUGAGAAAACAAAAAUCUAGCACCAUAAUUAUAGAGAUAUGAACCAUUAACAGUAACGUGUAAAGGAUAUCUAUACAUCAGCAGGUCUGAAAUUGGCUCAGACAUGUACUAAUUGUCUGCCAUGUUAUCUGAUUUCAACUAUGAUUAUUCCAAUCAAUGUAGUUAUGAUUUUACCAGGUGACACAACUGUUUAGGAAAUUUAGGAAUGUUUACAGUGGUUAUAACAUUACACGUCUGAAAUGUUUUUAAAAUAAAGCUGUGUAAGAAACAGUGUUUCCUAAUGCAUCAAAAAACAAAACGAUACCAAACUCCUUUUGUGCAAAUGUAUGGUUGUAAUAAUUGGAUGGAGUAAACCUCUUAAUGUGUUACAAUAAUGCAAAUAAAGUUUGGAGAUGUAAAUGUUGAGCUCAAGCCCAUU